AUGCUUUUAUAUUCUGUGAUUAAUUGUCAAUGUCGAUCUUUUUCAAAUACUAAGAAUCUGAUUCGUAAAUCUUCGUUAAAAAUUAUUUUUCUCGUGAUCGCCAUGAAAACUUUGUUACUUUUAUUAUCAAUUCUAACAUUAGGAAGAUCUCAAAUGUCCCCAUUUAUGCCGCGACAAAAUUUAUUAACUAGAUUUAUACGAACGUUAAUGUCUUGCUUUACCAUAGAAGCAUUAAAACUUGGUCAAUAG